AUGUACAAGCAGAACUAUUCGGAAAGAGUUAAAGACACUCAAAAAAGGCAAUAUAGUAAAAGAAAGUUAGAUUGUAGUGAAAAUGGAACUAAGAUGGUUAAAUACAAGAAAGUAGAAGAUAAUUUAAAUGACAAUUCAUGUGAAGCUCUGCAGAUACCUGGUAACUCUGAUGAUUCGAGACAACAAAUCGACGUAACAAAGGCAAUUGAGUUAUUUCAUAAGAACAUUAGUGUUGGGCCAGAAUAUAUUUGCACCUGUUGCGACCAAUUAUGGUAUAGAUCAUCUGUCACUGAGUGCAAUGUUUCUUUAUAUAAAUCUUGUUCAAAAGAAAUACUUAAUUUAUGUCUUACUGGUCUGAAAAGCAUUGAUAAUACUGAAUGGAUAUGUGGUACAUGUCACUCAAACUUAAAAGUUGGUAAACUUCCUAGUUGCGCAAAGGCAAAUAAAAUGACUUUCCCUGAAAAGCCCGAGGUCUUAAAAAAUUUAACACCUCUUGAAGAAAGACUAAUUUCGCCGAGAAUACCUUUUAUGCAGGUACGGGAAUUACCUAGUGGAGGUCAAUUAAGUAUUCAUGGGAAUGUAGUUAAUGUUCCUGCUGAUGUUAACACAACUGUUAGUGUUUUACCAAGACCAAUUAACGAGUCACAAACUAUUCCAAUAAAAUUGAAACGACGGCUUGGUUAUAAACACCAUUAUCAAUUUCAGAACGUUAGACCUACGAAAGUUUUAGAUGCAGCUCAAUACUUGGUUCGCACUAGUGAAAUAUUCAAGAACGAAGGAAUACAAGUAAUGGAUAAUUAUGUGUCAAAUCCAAUCAAUAAGGACGAAGAGUGGUCAGAAUUUAUUGCCAAGAAUACUAAGGAAACUUCAGAUAAUCUGUCAAACGAUUUGAAUAUUCAAAAUCAAGAAACAGUGGAGACACGAGUAAGUAACGACUCCAUUGACAAUGACACUGAUGAUGAAUGGUGUGAAGUAACUGAACGACCAUCAUGAUCAGGUGUUAUGGAUAUAUUAUUACAAGAACCUGACAUCACUCAAGAUGGUGAUAAAAUAAUCAGUUUUGCACCAGGAGAAGGAAAUAGACCACUUGGUAUAUUUAUAGAUAAAGAUGCUGAAUUUCUGUCUUUCCCUACCAUUUACUGUGGCAAACGUCAAGCUGAUAACAGUGAAAGACUUGUGCCUGUUCACUAUAGUACAAUUUGUAAAUGGGAAUUACGAAGUCGAGAUCGAAGAGUUGCUCAAUCUGUGCCAAACAUUUUUUAUAAAUUAAAAAAAUUACAGAUCAGACAAAUCCAAGGAAGUGCAAGUUUAUCGUUGCGUAAAUGUAAAACCAAAGGUAAAACGUACACAGCAGGGGAUUUGAAGUCUGAAAGUUCUGUUAAUAAGCUAAUCAAUUUAGAUGAAGGAUUCAGAGUUUUACGAAAUUUACGCGGUUCCCCUCCAUACUUUGAAAGAUGUAAGAAGGAUCUAUUUGCAAUGAUUCGUCAGCUUGGUAAACCUACAUGGUUCUGUUCAUUUUCAGCUGCUGAAACGCGUUGGAUUCAUUUGAUUAAAAUUCUUGGUCGUCUUAUUGACAACAAACACUAUACUGACGACGAGGUUAAGCAAAUGACUUGGCAAAAGAAGUCUGAACUGAUACAGAAAGAUCCAGUAACAUGUGCUCGAAAUUUUGAACAUAUGGUGCAACAAUUUAUUCACAAUUUUAUUAAAAGUUCAUGCCAUCCAAUUGGAGAAGUUGUUGACUUUUUCUAUCGUGUUGAAUUCCAGCAAAGAGGUUCUCCACAUAUCCAUGGAUUAUUCUGGACAAAAAAUGCACCUGAGUAUGGUAAAGAUUUCGACGAAGAUAUUACCAAUUUCGUAGAUAGCUACGUUUCAUGUAAAGCUGACUCAGAUGAUUUAACUGAACUCGUAAAUUUACAAAGGCACAAACACUCUAAAACAUGCAAGAAAAGAGGAAAUGCUGUUUGCAGAUUUAACUUUCCUUUACCGCCAAUGCCGAGAACUAUGAUUUUAGAGCCUUUGUCUGAGACUGAUCUAGACGAAAAUGUUGCAGAUAUAGUAAAGAAAGCUUUAGGACAGAUAC